AUGGAGUCCAGAUCGCUGUGUGAGGAACCAGACUCCAAGAGCUCUCUACCCUGUCCCUCUCCACCAGACUCUGAUUUAGGGGAGGACACAGAGACAGAAGGGUGUGGGAGAGACAGGGACAGGGAGGACAUGUUCCCAGGGGGACAAGAACAUAGAGACCAGGACAGGUCAUAUUCGGAGUCCAGCUCACCUGUGGAUGUCAUCGUUACGACAGACAGCAAAGACAUACCCGAUGACCUGACCAGUACAAACAGCAAAGAUGGCUCCCAUGUCGUCAAAUGGACUGUCAGCAUUGUUAUAGCCAUUCCUAAAGGUGAAGAACCCUGUCCUGUAGGUGAGGCUAUGGUCUUAGUGGAGAAGGCCAAGAAGAAGCCCAAACGUGUUCUGUCUGGUGGAGUGGUGGAGGCCCCUAAGGCCCAGACAUACUACCGUAUAGAGUACAACAUGCUGCCUGGUGACCCUGUUAAAGUAGAUGUGGUGAUGUUCGGCCUUGCUGCUAAGAUCUACAUGGAGAAUGAGACCAAGGUGUUGAAGCCGUGGCUUGAAGGGGACCAGGUGUGGUUAGGCUGGUCUCAGUCUGUAAAGGUUAGAGUCACCAGAGAGCUGCUCAUUAAACUGGUGUCUCAUAAAAUCACCUUCAAAAUCUGGGACACCAAGGACAGGGUCUCUGCUAAAGCCAGAUAUGACCGACCCAAAACCUUCCGGCUGCCACAGGCCAAACCAGGGGAAGACAAUGAUCUAGGUGGGAUAAAGAGCAUGGUGUACAAGUUGAGAACAAUGUUUGAGAAGAAGAAUCCCAGGACCAGAUCGUCCAAUAAGAGAGGAGAUGCCUUGUCCACGGACUUCAAGAGGUCCUCUGAGCUCAACUGUGUUACAGUUGAGCCCAAGGCAUCCACCACAGAGGUCUCUUCCUCAGCUGCCCUCAACACAGGAUCGCUGGUCUCAGAAACAGAACAAUGUGGAGCCAGAUCAGGGGAACAGGACCUGCAGUCAGUCGACUCAAAGAGUGCCAAUCCUGAUGGCCCAGUGGAACAGGAGAAGGAUUCCGCUUCAUCAAAACCAGCCCAGAAGAAAUCGGCCCUGGACCAGUCUUCCAAAGCCGUAAAAGAAACCAGCAAGACAACCAUUCCUCCUAUGAAGGCUGGUUCAGUGAAAGACAAGUUGGUGGUGCCUAGGAAGAAGGCUCUCAUCAAGUCGACCCUGGAGACUGCUUCUCACAUUGAGCACAUCAGGAGGAACGGAGUGGCAUCACUAGAACUAAGCUACAUAUACCUUCUGGCAGGAGACCGGUGUCUGACUGACUGCCUGGAGACGUAUUCCUCUGGGGUGUACGAGGGUCUGUGUAACAUCACACUUGACCGACCUCUGAUCUCUGAGAAGCUGAAGGCUGAACUCAACCCUCUAGUCAUCACCAUCCUGUCAGCCUCCUCCCUGCCAUCAUCCCCUGUCCCCUUCCAUGUCUUAGAGGAGAAGUGUCUGCCAGUGUACUGCCAGUACCAGUUCCAUAACACAUCUAAGCACCGGACCAAAGGCCAGGAACACAGGACUAACGUUUACUUCAAUGACGUCAAUGUCAUCAUGACAGGCUUGCUAAGUCCCGGGGAGCUGUUGGAGGUCCUGCGAGGUCCUCCGCUGGAGAUUGAGGUCCACGACAGAGACAGGAAGUUGGAGAAGGUAUCGACCAGCCCCGCCCUGUUUGGGACAUAUCCCAAUGAUGACAAGCUAAGCAGUGUCGUCCCUGUCUCUGGGAAACGGACCAAUCACCACCCCUUCAAAGAGAACAGCAAACACUAUGACCCCUGUGGCCUCGCCAAGCUUAACCUCAAUGACCUGCUACAAGGACAGAGGAGUCUGAAGGUGAACCUGCCGAUCCUCUGUUCCCCACCGCCCCAGCUGUUGAGUAGUGAGAGGAGUGACUGGGAGAGGAAAAUGGCCUCCAUGCCAGGGACAGGAGGGGUGGAUGGGCCAGAGCAACAGCCUGGACACUACUUUGACGCCAAUUCACAGCUCAAGGUGCAGGUGGAGAUUGCCUGUCCUCUGACGGGAGGAGGUGGGGCCAGUGACGGGGCAUGGGACUGCCCGUUCGGACGCAUCAUAUACCUGUUCAAGUACGCUAAUGUCCCGGUGAUGUCACGGCUUAGGGCGGAGCUACUAAGGAUCAAUGCUGUGGCGUUCCAUCUGGAGGACCAAUCAGAGGAGACUGUGGAGCGGGCAUUGUCGUGUUACAAGAUGGCGGCGCCGGAGAGGGAGAGCCGUGACUUGGACGUGGUGACGGGGUUCCACCUGCUAGAUAAACAAAUCCACCUUUUUGUUCUGGAAGGACUGAAACAUAAAGGUGUCAGGAGACUCUGGGACACAGUCUCCAUACAGUUAACAGGCGGUGAGGAGGACCAGGUGAUGGUUCUCUAUAACUCUGGUCUGAGUUUCUCUAAGCGUCUAUAUACCCGUCUGGAUGUCAGCUUUACUCCCGUCCACCUACACCAACCCCUGGAGACCAUCAUGAGACAACCUCUGGUCUACGUCAGAGACAUGGUGCCUCAUACCUGCUUCCAGGCCAUGUCACGCCUGGAUUCGAACCAGGGACUGUAG